ACCUUACUUCACCGCCUAGCAUCGCCUACACCCCCCACAGUAUAACACUCUUUCGACGCUGUACACCAACACAAGGAGGGGAGAAUCAUUUCUCACUGAUACUUGGAUAAAUGCGUGGAUACACCAACUGUCGAGUCACAGACACGCGCGCGUCUGUACCUCUUGCCGCGUCUCGACUCCCCUCUACGUCGGCGCACUGACACGUCUACCAUCGGCGCAUGCGCUUUCACAUGGCAAUCGGGUGCGCGCGCUGACCGGUCGCAGGGUUCAGGAGCGGAUGGAUUGUUUUGAGUUUUAGCUCCGAAACCGCGUGGGAAAAGUUUGGAGCGGUCUUGCAGCUUCAGGUUUUUAUUGAGAUGGAUGGUCCAGGAACAUUGAGUUGGGACGAAUUUCUCAUCGAUGCGAAGAGUCUCGUUCGGGUUUCGAAUGAAAUUUCGGACAGCUGGGAACUCCGUGGUGACGAGAGAGCACCUGGACAGGCUUACUUGUGUAGAAAGGCGAAGACGUUUAUAUCGAGCAAUCUGGCGAGUGCACUGAGUGGAAUAUAUCCCCAGGGGUUGGAGAAUUACAAAAUAGUUGAUGAUCCCUUCGAGGCAAAAAAGGUGGAGGAUUGCCCGAUGUGUACAGAACACCAUGUGCUGUGGUCCAUGAGCUACGGAGUUCCUGUUCUCUAUUUCAAUGCCUGGAUUUCAGAUUUUCCGGGAGUGAAUGCAGUGACAGUGGAAUCAAUACAAAAUCUCGUGCAGCAGGGAGUCGGCUACAAUGAAUUAUCCCAGGCCAUGCAUCCAAUUGAAGGAACAACUUUUCUCCAGUUUCACCCUUGCUUGUCAGGAGAACUCAUUCAGAACACAUCGAUGAGCAAGAACAAGUUAGUCAGUUGGCUGAGUACAGUGGCCCCAUGUGCCCUAAACUUGAAGUUGGACCCAAAGUACUUCAACCUGACCCUCGAGGGAAAUGGCAAGGGCUGACGACGACGAUUAAUGCCCAGACGACUGGUCCCAGUCAUGAUAAACAAUAGACAACUAAAAAUAGAGAGGAAAUAAAAAUGAACAAAAAGCUUCACAGAAUGAUGAAUUGGUUUGACUUAUAGGAGUCCUCCAGCUUUGCCCAUUUUUUCCUCGAUGAAAGCGGAUUGACCAUCUACGGAGGAUUUUGUUUAAUCAAUGAAUGGUGGAGGGUUGAAUCCUCUCAUUAUUCGCUGGAAGGUUGCGAGUGGGACGUACGUACACACAUGUAUGCCAUUGAUGAUGAGAUUAUUGAUCCCGGGAGAGUCAACGCUCGUGCGAAAUCCCAGAGCUAGAAUUCUCCAUUGUGAAUGUGAAUCGAGAUUCGCAAGUAAUUUGCACUCUCCACUCUUUUCGAGCCAUUCGCCAGUUCAAUUCAAACUGGUGCGACUGUUUUAAAUUUUAAUGAAUAUUCACUAUUUUCACGCUUAACACAAUUUUUAUACAAUGAAUAAUCAUUACUUACGAGUACAUUGUUAAAGAUUUAUUAAAAUUUCAAUCAUAAAGUCAUCUCAAUUUACAAUUAUAUGAGUUUGAGUU